UACAAAGCAGGAGCUGCUCUUGCCCUUUAAACCUCGCCGCCGUCAAGCUUUCCCCCGCCCCGGCCCGUCCCUCCGCGUUGCCGGGGCAGCGGGGCCGCGGAGCGGGGCAGGAAAGUUCACGUGAGAAAGCCACCUGCCAGGUCCUUGUGACUGGACACCAUGCCUCUUCCAGAAACCAUGUUCUGUGCUCAGCAGAUCAAAAUACCUCCAGAGCUUCCUGAUAUUUUGAAGCAAUUUACUAAAGCUGCUAUUAGGACUCAGCCUUUUGAUGUUUUGCAGUGGGCAGCUGCGUAUUUUUCAGCCUUAUCUAAAGGUGAACCCCUUCCUGUGAAGGAGAGGCUCGAAAUGCCAUUAACAACAGGGAAAAAAGAUGCUGGUUUGACCCCAGGACUCCUUAAGGUCUUGCACAAACAGCUUUCCUCCAAAGGCAUGGUGACCAUUGCAGAACUGAGAGAAAAAUGGAAGCAUUUGGGCUUGCCAGAGGAGCAGCUGGAAGCUAUCCUGCAAUUGGACAGUUUUGGCGAGCAGGUGGAAUGGAUGAAGUUUCUGGCACUUGGGUGCAGCGUGCUUGGUGGGUCCUUACUGAGUUCAAUGAAACAGGCCUGUGAGAUCCUAACAAGAGACCCAGAAGGCGGCGCAGCUCGAAUUCCCUUUGAAACAUUCUCAUUCCUUUAUUCGUAUUUGGCCAGUAUUGAUGGAGAGAUAUCAGAGACGGAAACUAAUGUAUUCCUCGAUGGAAUUAGAGAACAAGCGGACAAAUACUCUGGCAUGGUGCUGAUCAGACACUUCCUGCCAUACUCCUUCAUAUUUUAUUGAUCAACCCUACUCUUCAGCAUGAGGUAAAGCUACUGCAUUUAUCACAUAUGUGAGGAAUAUAUGACAGAGAGUUGUUUGGUUAGCAGGUAUAGAAGCCUAAGUCCAUCAAAACUAGACCAAAUAUUUAGUGACAGAUAAUCACACUUAAUUGCAGAAACAACUGAGGUAUGAGAGAGAGUACUAGAGGCUACAGUAAAACUGGAAAGAUUCCCUUUGACUGAGAAGGCCACAACCAGGAGCAACAUGAAAUGCCCUCUCUUGGCACAUUGAACAAACAGAAGUAUUUUAGGAAAGAUGGAUCUUGUUCUCUUAUAGUUAUUUACUUUGUUGAAUCAAGCUUGGCUGAUGGUGAUUGACCUUGCUGAAGUAGAUUGUGUGAGGAAUUAACGGAACUGUACAUACUUAUAUCUAUCUGCAUGUUUUAAGUCUGUUUUAUCAACCUCUAUAAAACAUUUGUAUGUUAGUCUUCCUAGUUACUGCUGGAAGGAAAUGCACCUGCUGUUUGAAUAUGGUACUCAGAAAUAUUCCAAGUGUCCUUGGUACCUCCUCCCUAGCUUCUGUGGAGACCUACAUUCUCAUCACCCUUUCCAGCUUGUACUGAUCUGAAUUUUCUUUGAGCAUGAGCCUGGGAACACUUCAAUUUUGUGUUAUUGUCCAUUUAACACCAGCUGCAGUUGAAGAUGUUUUAUCCUGUUGGAGAACUCUGAAAUCUGCCCUCUGGUACAUGCUGUAAGUAGGCAAUGUCACCUAGGGGUAACAGUGUUAGGUAGGAGGGGGAGCUCUCUUCAUGCAUUCCCUGUGUGUAACUGAUCUGGGCUCCAGGGAUUAGCUCUGUUCUAUAUCCACUACUUAUGGGCCAGGAAGGCCAGAAAGUACAACCUCUCAUAAAUUUUAUUAUUUAGCCUUGUCAGAAUAACUCAAAUACAUGAGAGAUCAAUAUAAUUUAUUAACAGAUGUAUAAAUGUUACAGAUUUACACAUUAUUUGAAAUAUACUACUUCCAUCCUGACAAAUUGUAGCACUUUUUCAUCUCCAAGCAGCACAGGUGUGACUCAACACCAAUAUUAUAUGCACACCUUUACUGUCUUGGGCAAAACAGCAGUAACAAUAGUUCUUGUGGAAGUUAUGUUUUGAACAGCUGACAAACAAAAUCAUCAGGUUCUUGUUCCUACUUUCUUCUUUUGUGAUUGUAAUACUUGUCUUCAUCCCUGAAACAAAAACAUAAACAUUGUGUGGGCUGUUAGGUGCAGAGUGAGAAUCUGAAGAGAAAAAAACAACUUGGAAAAUGGAAAGGUCUCAUUAAAUGUAGUCAUGUCCUCCUCUAAGGAAAGAAAGUAAACUGCUUUUAGAGAGUUUCUUUUCUGUGCUGCUUUAAUCCACGCCUUCUCAUGCAGUGCCAGAGUGGCAAUUCGAUUAGGAUGAAUGGCAUCAUGGAGUAAUGAAGCCAGCUUUGAGACAAGCCAUCACUGCCAUCCACACAGUUAGUAAUGCAUUUACACAAACACAAGGGGCAAGGCAGCAUUUCUUCUGCACAACAGUCCGCAUGUCUGCUCAAACACAGGGUCCCACACACCUGUGGUCCUGCAGAUGUAAAUGUCUUUGUUGAUGGUAUUACAAGGUGUGGCCUAGGUUUGUUUUCUUUUGCUAAAUUGUAUGUGCAAAAGUACUGAAGAGCAACAGCAUUGUUUUGAAGCAUCUAAUAUGGAAAAGUUAAUGUUGGCAUACUAGUGAAACAAAUAAUACUAUUUAUUAAGAUCUAGAGCAGAAAUCAGCAUUAGACAUGACAGGCACUUAGUUGUGGAUGAGAAACAUACUGUCCCUUUAACCAUAUUGAUCAAGGAGUAAAAUCAACAGCCUGUUACAGUACUGUUGUAGCCCUGAAAGCAUGCUGCAGAAAGUGUCACCUUUCAGAUGUGACUGUAAAUUCUGAAGUCUGGAUCACAGUUUGUGAUCUCACAGUAUGUUUUGUUUAGUAUUAGUAGCCUCAUACCACUGGCUUGUCAUACUGCACAUGAUGUUAGCCUAGCUUUUUAAUUGGACUAGACAUGCUCAACCUCUGCACUAAAUUCUCAUAGAAAAUGGCUACAGCAGCCUGAUUGGGAAGCAGGAGUCUGCUGUCACUGUUUCUGCUCACCUCUCUCUUUUUCUCCGAGAGUCUCUGUCUUUGCCUCUCUCCCGACUCCUCCUUCGUUUACUUGGACUCCUGCUGGUGUCUCUCCUGUGUCUCGUGCACUCCGUAUCCUUACUGCUUCCCCCAGACUGCCGAGAGUCCACUGACGCUGACCGCCUGUCUUCCCUUCUGAAAAUAAACUUAAGUGAUUUUAAUCAAUAAAAACAGUUUCACACUCA